UCAUCAAAUUAUGUGUUUAUGUUUAGCCGAACAUUGUGGAAGUGAUUUUGCAUAAAAUAAUGCUAUUGAUAAAGGAGAUAUAUAUUUGAAGGUUUAAGUCCCGUAAAAAAAGGAAGCUUAAUUUAUGAUUUUGAACUAAAUUAUUGAGUCACUAUAUCAAUACAUUAGAUCCUGGUUUGUGUUAUGUUAAUCGUAUAUCACUGAAGAGAUCGAAUUAUGUCGGAAACCUCAGCUUUGGACGUCGAGCCUUCAACCGAGGUGUGAUGUAACCCCUUACAUUGGAGUGAACUCAUUCAGUCUAGGACCAAUAAAUAUUUCAAAAAUAUAACCGAUAUCGAGUGAAGAGAGCUCUAUCUGAUUCCCACUCGGGAGAGUUGUGGCUCUUUACGAUAUAAUGAAGAAGGCUGGGUUUGUGCAGAGUUUGCCCUCUGACUUCAGUGAUGUACAACCUCGUAACUAUGAUCCAAACUAUAUCUCUGAAAUCAGCAACCAGAUGCAAAUUCCAGAUAGACUUCAGUUUGAUGGGACUGUCGAUUCUCGGUCAAUGUCACCUACUCUUAAAACAGAAGUGCUUUCUAAUAUGACCAUUCCAGAAAGGCUUGUCUUUGUAGGAGAAGAUAAGCAUGUGGGUCUGAAAUCUACUAUGCGGCAAUUUGACUUUGACAACAUACCCCAGACUGAAGCAACAUAUGUUGGAAUGAUCACUCCACCAAGGACACUAACUUUAGAGGAGCAAUUUCCUUUUGUUGAAGACUCAGCAGAACCAGAACGCCUCAAACGUAAUGUAAUGCCUCUAGUGAGAAAUGGGGUGAAUACUCAAGUCUAUACUCCCGGCACUUCUCCCGGUGAUACUUUGCUUCUAAAUGACGAGGACGAAGCCACUUUGUUACGUACUCAUUUGGCCAAGUUGACACGGCGGAUCGUAUCGUUAGAGCAGGAAAAUCAGAAACGAGCUCAGCGUGAUUUAAUUAUUUAUCCUACACUUCUCGGCUAUAUGUUGUGGAAAGUAUUAACAUGGUUUUUCCGUAGUAACUGAAAAGGAAAAAAAAAUUGAAAUCUGUUUUUUUUUUUUUCUAACUAUCAAAUAUGGAGCUCAAUAUUAUUAUAUCAAGCAGUCAGAUAAUGUUGGUGGGGUCUGAGGAGUGGGGUGGGUUUAAACAAUUCAACAAUUUAUUUUUACUUGUCAUUGUUAUUGUCACUCAUGUAUUUGAGUCAGUUCAAACUUAGUUGGAACACCCAUGAUGUGUGUGCUCUUACUUUCGCUCUCUCUGAACGAAAGAGUGACUGUUGGUCCAGCUUUCUAUUUUUAUAAUUUUUCAGUAUAAUAAUAAUAAUAUAAUAAUAAUAAUAACAACAACAGCAGACAUGAUAGAGAGAUGGAAUAAAUUCCUCAUAGCAUUGCACAGAGUUGGCUUUAUCUUUCAUCACAUUGAAGGUGUAUCAUUGGAAUUAAGUCCAAUAUGCAGUCAACUGUGUUUGAUACACAUCAGUUAUAUUCCCACCCAUCUCUUUAUGUAGAUGUGUGGCGCUCUGCCAUUGUCAUAUCAUCAGUAUUAUUAUUACCAUUAUUAGGCAGAGAGCUGGCUGAAUUGCUAGCACACCUGACAAAAUGCUUAGCGGUAUUUUGUCCAUCUUUAUGUUCUGAGUUCAAAUUCUGCCAAGGUUGACUUUGCCUUUCCUCUUUUUGGGGGUCGAUAAAAUAAGUACCAGUGAAAUACUGGGGUCGAUGUAAUUGAUUCAUCUCCUCUCCCAAAAUGGCUGCCCUUGUUGCAAAAUGUGAAACCAUUAUUAUUAUUAUCAUUAUUUAAGCUCAGAACAUAUUUAGUUACAGCCCUUUACUUUCCAAGUUCAAAUUCUACGAAGGAUCACUUUGCCUGUCAUCCUCCUGAGGCUGAUGAAAAGAAAGUACCAGUCAAUCACUGGGGUUAAUAAAAAUUGACUGACCUGUCCCACCAAAUCUGAGGCCUUGUGCCUAUUUAAGAAAUCAUCAUCAUCAUCAUUAUUAUUAUUAUUUAGAAUAAAUAUUUUAAUAUUCUCACCCAAGUCAGAAAAUGAGCCAAUCAAAUGAAUUAUAAAAUAGAAAACUAUAAAGUUUGUUUCUUUUGCUAAUAAAAUGACUCAAUGAAUUCUGUUUACAUGAGUGAUGAGUGACAAUCUUGUAAAAAUCACAUGACAUUUGACAAAGGAUUUAUGAUUGCUAAAAAUGGUGAAUGAUUUAAUUGAUUGGUAUUUGGAAGUUGUGGGUAUAUCGGAGCAGUGUAUUAGCAAAGCACUUGACUAAAUGCCUUCUUUUAGCAUUAAAUCUCAUCUCUUCUACAUUCUAAGUUUAAAAUCCAUCUGCAGCCGAUUAUGUUAUUCCUACCUUCGGUUGUUGGUAAAAUAAUUACAAAGCAUGUUCUAGGAUCUGGUUCUGUUGUCCAUCUUCUUCUACAAACAUUUUUGUCUUUGUUGUGUCAACAUAAACAAUUUAUUGUUUACACUAACAUUUAUAGGUGUCAACUGCAAAGUUAGUGGCAUCUAAUACUUUCUAAGUCUGUACUUUAUUAAUAUACUGCUUAAUAAUAAUAAUAAUAAUAAUUAUCAACAACAAAAUUAGUUGAGUAAUUUUUCCUGCAUGCAUGCAGACACACACACAAAACAUUUAUGAAUCAAAAUUGUAAUUGAUGUUGAUUACUUUUAUUUCAAUUAUUAUUUUUUAAAUUGACUAAAAUAAAAAAAAAUGUUUAUUGCAACAGCUAUAUAUAUAUAUAUAUAUAUAUAAAAAAAAAAAACAGCUUUAUCUUAAUAUUUGUUUCUUCCUGAAGAAUGCUAUGCUACGAUCUUUUACUUUGUUGCUGCUCAGCGGAAACAGGGAUCACAGGGAUGGUUUUCUUGUAAAAAGCAUUGAAUGUAGAUAAAGAAUGGGGACUCUGUUGUCUAAAAAGAAAUAUUAUUACUUCAAUAUUUUGGUAAAUUAAGGUUUCUUUAAUAUUAUUGCGAUUAAUCCUGUAGUUAAGCAUUUCUACUAUAAAAAAUUUUCAAAUUUUAAACCUGAUGAAGAUGAAAAAG